AUGAACUGUGUUCUGGAAGGAAAUGCUGUAAAAGCAUUUGGAAAGGCCAUUCACUGCCUGUCACGGAUUGGAGAUGAGCUUUGUUUGGAUCCCAUGAGUAAAGGGCUGGCGCUGAGAUCUGUGAAUUCGGCUCAUUCUGCGUACGCCUGCUUCCUCUUCUCGCCGAUGUUCUUCCAGAAAUACAACCUGGGUCCAGAGCAGGGCAGUGAGACAGUCCAAUGCAAACUGCUCAUGAAGUCUAUUCUACCUCUCUUCCGGUGUUUGGCUUCCAUUGAGCGUAACGUUGAGCGAUGUCAGAUACAAAUCAACACUCCCAAUGACCGAGUGAAGAUCCAGUUUUUCUGCAGACACGGCAUCACCAAGACACACAACCUGUGUUUCCAGGAGAGUGAAGCUCUGCAGGCGGUGUUUGCUUCACAUCUCUGUCCCAAUGUGCUGAAAGCCCCCGCCAGGCUUCUUGGUGAAAUGGUGAUGCACUUCCCCGUCUCCCAGGAGGAAAUCACUCUGUCCAUCACUCCUCUCAGAGUCAGUCUGAGAAAUUACUUUGAGGGCGCAAAUGAUCACAUGAAGACUAUGUACACGGAGAUGUCUCUACACCCAGACGAGUUCGACUACUUUCAGAUCGGAGUGGAGUCGGAUAUAACCUUCUGUCUCAAGGAGCUCAGGGGUUUACUGUCCUUUGCAGAGUCACACUGCCUUCCAGUGUCCGUCCACUUCGGUGCUGCAGGAAAGCCUGUGUGUUUCUCAGUGGAGGAUAUGAUCCUGGAGGCCACCGUAGUUCUGUCCACUCUGAUCGACUCUGAGAGCCGGGGCUCCUCUCAGCCGGCAGAGACCCUCACUGUGGCCCCCAGGACCCCCACCAGGUGUGCAGAUGUUGUACCUGAGUCUCCAGGUGAGGCAGACUGCAGGAAAGCUGCUGUCCCUGCUGGGAUGGAGCUGGUGGCCUCCAGUCAGGGCAGCCCCAUCACAAACAGCCCCGCUCUGCUGCUCCUCCACCAUCUCUCUGAACCGCACUAUCAGGAGAGGGCCAACUCCACUCCUGCCUCCUCGAUUUGCUCGUUGCUGUUCAGGGCGAUGUCCCCAGAAUCGGGGGAGGGACUUCCUGUCCUGGCGUGUUGCAGCGAUGAAGAGGAGGCUGAGGAGGAAGAUGUGAUGAUGAUGAGGAGGAGCCCGACACUCUGACAACAGUAGGACAUUCAACCGGUGUUAGUUAUUUAUUUAUUUAUUUAAAGAUUUGUAAGCAUGUUAGCUGAAGUGUUCAAAUCAGUUUUAAACAGAGAAGAGUUUCCCGAAAAAUGUUCUGUUGGAAACGUACAAUAAUUAUUUAUAAAAGAAUGAAUGAAUG